UGGUCAAUAUUUUAAUAGGAAUGGUGCAGCAAAGACGUGGAAACCUGCGAACUGAAAGUGACGAGAACGAAAAAGUAACUCGAGUACACAACCUUCCUUAGAGCCGGUAUUUUAGUGCUUAGGUUGCGUAAUUUAUAGGUGAAACUUGUGUGACAAAUAACAAUUUAGUCCUUGCCCUUCUGUCUUACGUUAGAUAAGAUCGAUUUUGCAUUAUGCAAAGGUAAACAGUGACCGCACUUUCUGGUUCUACCGGCGAUCUCAAUAAAUUAUUAAAAAAGGAUGUCGCUUAAGAAAGAAUCGCUUUCUGACGUCCAGUUACACCUGGCAGCCAUGCGUGGCAAUUUAGACUUGUUGAAACGGAUCCUCGACAGUGGAAAAGUUCAUGUUGAUUGCAGGGACAAGGAAGGCACCACUCCACUUAUCCUUGCUGCUGCCAAUGGACAUUACGAUUGUGUCAAGGAAUUGCUUGAACAGGGUGCUGAUGCUUCACAGAGAAGGGUGACUGGAACAACAGCCUUAUUUUUUGCUGCUCAAAGUGGAUUUCUCGAUUUGGUUCAACUUUUGUUAGACAACAAAGCCCCAGUUGACUCCAUCAGCGUGGAUGGGGGAAGUCCACUAUUUGUGGCAUGCCAGUGUGGUCAUAUGGAUGUGGUGAAGCUUUUGGUGGAAAAAGGGGCUAAUGUGAAUGCCCAUAUGAAGGACAGGGCAACCCCGUUGUUCAUAGCCGCUCAAAACGGACAUUACAAAAUCUUGCUGUACCUUUUGAGUCAUGGGGCAGAGCCUGAUCCGAGACGGACAGACGGAGCUACGGCCCUAUGGAUAGCUGCCCAGAUGGGCCACGAUCACAUCGUGGCUCAACUACUUAAAGUGGGGGCCAGGGUUGACGCGGCAAGACACGAUGGAGCAACGGCCCUUUUUAAGGCUUCCCAUAAGGGCCAUUCGGCAGUUGUGGGGGAACUGUUGAAAUACAAACCGUCCCUUGGAAUAUUACCGAAUGGGGAAAGUGCGUUACAUGCGGCUGCCCUUUUUGGACACCUGACAAUCUGCAAACAACUGGUAGCCGCGGGGGCGGAUCCUCUUCUGAAAAAUCAGGACGGAGUCACCCCUUUAAAACUGGCUAUCAACAACAAACACCACUCAGUCAGUACCUACUUGAACAAUUGUUCUAAUAGAAAUACAACGCAAAAAUGACAUAGGAUUCAACAAAUGAAUUCGUUUAUAUAUUUCAAAUAAACGAGAGGACAGACAAAAUAAUUGUUAAACGGCUGAAGUGUUAAUGUACGGGUAGUGCCUUUUUGAUAUCAUAUUAUGUUAAUGUUGUUUAACGUGGGAACGUUAAAAAAAAUAAUUGAAAAAUACUUAUAGUCCAAAAUCAGUUUGCUUAAUUUUUGAUGAUAUUUUUCGGUUUUCUCACAAAGCAAAUAAUGAAUCAUUAAUCUUUGUUCUGCUUGUUGCAUUCGAUAGGGGUUUUCAUUAUCUACUACUUUCUCGUUUAACUUUUUAAUGAUUAUAAUCAUUAGAUUUUAUAAGCGUUAUAUCGAGCAGUCGAAUAGAGAAAACGAAACGAACUAAUUAGUGGUUUUAUAGAUAAUUAAUAUGCCCUAUAAAAUAGCACACUUUAAAACGAUUUCGAAAAUUACAAAUGUAAACGUACGCCCUGUACAUUUUAUACACACAAAACCGAUAUCUUUAACAAUGGUACACAUCCCAUAACUCCAAUACCAACGUCCUAGUGUGCCUUGAAGUGAUAGCAUGUACGUCUAAAAAUGGAUAAGGCUGAGGUGAAUGUUAAGAAAUUAUUAAUUCCAUAUAAAAUUGGCGCAAAAUGUAUUCAUAUUAUUUAUACUCUUCCUUCCCUUAUUAUUUGUAUAUACACAUAGUAUUAUUUCUAAUAGUGAUACAAUAUUAAUACUCAUGUACAGCUACUUGUAGCACUUGGUGAAUGAUCUGUUUUAUUGUUAAUUUUGUAAAUAAUGUUUUUUUGUUAAAAUAUAAAAUUUAUUACGUAA